AUGGCUUCAUUUGGCGAGAUACUUGAGAAGAGCCACGAGGAACGAAAGAUCAUCGCGCUGGAGACCAUUGCCGAGGCUGCUCGGCUCUGGAUUCAGCUCCAUCAACCGGACGAGGAAGAAAUAGAGGAUGGUCAGGAGGAGGUGAAUAAUUGA